AUGAGAAAGGAGAGAGACAGGGAGGCUAAGGAGAGAGACAGGGAGGCUAAGGAGAGAGACAGGGAGGCUAAGGAGAGAGACAGGGAGGCUAAGGAGAGAGACAGGGAGGCUAAGGAGAGAGACAGGGAGGCUAAGGAGAGAGACAGGGAGGCUAAGGAGAGAGACAGGGAGGCUAAGGAGAGAGACAGGGAGGCUAAGGAGAGAGACAGGGAGGCUAAGGAGAGAGACAGGGAGGCUAAGGAGAGAGACAGGGAGGCUAAGGAGAGAGACAGGGAGGCUAAGGAGAGAGACAGGGAGGCUAAGGAGAGAGACAGGGAGGCUAAGGAGAGAGACAGGGAGGCUAAGGAGAGAGACAGGGAGGCUAAGGAGAGAGACAGGGAGGCUAAGGAGAGAGACAGGGAGGCUAAGGAGAGAGACAGGGAGGCUAAGGAGAGAGACAGGGAGGCUAAGGAGAGAGACAGGGAGGCUAAGGAGAGAGACAGGGAGGCUAAGGAGAGAGACAGGGAGGCUAAGGAGAGAGACAGGGAGGCUAAGGAGAGAGACAGGGAGGCUAAGGAGAGAGACAGGGAGGCUAAGGAGAGAGACAGGGAGGCUAAGGAGAGAGACAGGGAGGCUAAGGAGAGAGACAGGGAGGCUAAGGAGAGAGACAGGGAGGCUAAGGAGAGAGACAGGGAGGCUAAGGAGAGAGACAGGGAGGCUAAGGAGAGAGACAGGGAGGCUAAGGAGAGAGACAGGGAGGCUAAGGAGAGAGACAGGGAGGCUAAGGAGAGAGACAGGGAGGCUAAGGAGAGAGACAGGGAGGCUAAGGAGAGAGACAGGGAGGCUAAGGAGAGAGACAGGGAGGCUAAGGAGAGAGACAGGGAGGCUAAGGAGAGAGACAGGGAGGCUAAGGAGAGAGACAGGGAGGCUAAGGAGAGAGACAGGGAGGCUAAGGAGAGAGACAGGGAGGCUAAGGAGAGAGACAGGGAGGCUAAGGAGAGAGACAGGGAGGCUAAGGAGAGAGACAGGGAGGCUAAGGAGAGAGACAGGGAGGCUAAGGAGAGAGACAGGGAGGCUAAGGAGAGAGACAGGGAGGCUAAGGAGAGAGACAGGGAGGCUAAGGAGAGAGACAGGGAGGCUAAGGAGAGAGACAGGGAGGCUAAGGAGAGAGACAGGGAGGCUAAGGAGAGAGACAGGGAGGCUAAGGAGAGAGACAGGGAGGCUAAGGAGAGAGACAGGGAGGCUAAGGAGAGAGACAGGGAGGCUAAGGAGAGAGACAGGGAGGCUAAGGAGAGAGACAGGGAGGCUAAGGAGAGAGACAGGGAGGCUAAGGAGAGAGACAGGGAGGCUAAGGAGAGAGACAGGGAGGCUAAGGAGAGAGACAGGGAGGCUAAGGAGAGAGACAGGGAGGCUAAGGAGAGAGACAGGGAGGCUAAGGAGAGAGACAGGGAGGCUAAGGAGAGAGACAGGGAGGCUAAGGAGAGAGACAGGGAGGCUAAGGAGAGAGACAGGGAGGCUAAGGAGAGAGACAGGGAGGCUAAGGAGAGAGACAGGGAGGCUAAGGAGAGAGACAGGGAGGCUAAGGAGAGAGACAGGGAGGCUAAGGAGAGAGACAGGGAGGCUAAGGAGAGAGACAGGGAGGCUAAGGAGAGAGACAGGGAGGCUAAGGAGAGAGACAGGGAGGCUAAGGAGAGAGACAGGGAGGCUAAGGAGAGAGACAGGGAGGCUAAGGAGAGAGACAGGGAGGCUAAGGAGAGAGACAGGGAGGCUAAGGAGAGAGACAGGGAGGCUAAGGAGAGAGACAGGGAGGCUAAGGAGAGAGACAGGGAGGCUAAGGAGAGAGACAGGGAGGCUAAGGAGAGAGACAGGGAGGCUAAGGAGAGAGACAGGGAGGCUAAGGAGAGAGACAGGGAGGCUAAGGAGAGAGACAGGGAGGCUAAGGAGAGAGACAGGGAGGCUAAGGAGAGAGACAGGGAGGCUAAGGAGAGAGACAGGGAGGCUAAGGAGAGAGACAGGGAGGCUAAGGAGAGAGACAGGGAGGCUAAGGAGAGAGACAGGGAGGCUAAGGAGAGAGACAGGGAGGCUAAGGAGAGAGACAGGGAGGCUAAGGAGAGAGACAGGGAGGCUAAGGAGAGAGACAGGGAGGCUAAGGAGAGAGACAGGGAGGCUAAGGAGAGAGACAGGGAGGCUAAGGAGAGAGACAGGGAGGCUAAGGAGAGAGACAGGGAGGCUAAGGAGAGAGACAGGGAGGCUAAGGAGAGAGACAGGGAGGCUAAGGAGAGAGACAGGGAGGCUAAGGAGAGAGACAGGGAGGCUAAGGAGAGAGACAGGGAGGCUAAGGAGAGAGACAGGGAGGCUAAGGAGAGAGACAGGGAGGCUAAGGAGAGAGACAGGGAGGCUAAGGAGAGAGACAGGGAGGCUAAGGAGAGAGACAGGGAGGCUAAGGAGAGAGACAGGGAGGCUAAGGAGAGAGACAGGGAGGCUAAGGAGAGAGACAGGGAGGCUAAGGAGAGAGACAGGGAGGCUAAGGAGAGAGACAGGGAGGCUAAGGAGAGAGACAGGGAGGCUAAGGAGAGAGACAGGGAGGCUAAGGAGAGAGACAGGGAGGCUAAGGAGAGAGACAGGGAGGCUAAGGAGAGAGACAGGGAGGCUAAGGAGAGAGACAGGGAGGCUAAGGAGAGAGACAGGGAGGCUAAGGAGAGAGACAGGGAGGCUAAGGAGAGAGACAGGGAGGCUAAGGAGAGAGACAGGGAGGCUAAGGAGAGAGACAGGGAGGCUAAGGAGAGAGACAGGGAGGCUAAGGAGAGAGACAGGGAGGCUAAGGAGAGAGACAGGGAGGCUAAGGAGAGAGACAGGGAGGCUAAGGAGAGAGACAGGGAGGCUAAGGAGAGAGACAGGGAGGCUAAGGAGAGAGACAGGGAGGCUAAGGAGAGAGACAGGGAGGCUAAGGAGAGAGACAGGGAGGCUAAGGAGAGAGACAGGGAGGCUAAGGAGAGAGACAGGGAGGCUAAGGAGAGAGACAGGGAGGCUAAGGAGAGAGACAGGGAGGCUAAGGAGAGAGACAGGGAGGCUAAGGAGAGAGACAGGGAGGCUAAGGAGAGAGACAGGGAGGCUAAGGAGAGAGACAGGGAGGCUAAGGAGAGAGACAGGGAGGCUAAGGAGAGAGACAGGGAGGCUAAGGAGAGAGACAGGGAGGCUAAGGAGAGAGACAGGGAGGCUAAGGAGAGAGACAGGGAGGCUAAGGAGAGAGACAGGGAGGCUAAGGAGAGAGACAGGGAGGCUAAGGAGAGAGACAGGGAGGCUAAGGAGAGAGACAGGGAGGCUAAGGAGAGAGACAGGGAGGCUAAGGAGAGAGACAGGGAGGCUAAGGAGAGAGACAGGGAGGCUAAGGAGAGAGACAGGGAGGCUAAGGAGAGAGACAGGGAGGCUAAGGAGAGAGACAGGGAGGCUAAGGAGAGAGACAGGGAGGCUAAGGAGAGAGACAGGGAGGCUAAGGAGAGAGACAGGGAGGCUAAGGAGAGAGACAGGGAGGCUAAGGAGAGAGACAGGGAGGCUAAGGAGAGAGACAGGGAGGCUAAGGAGAGAGACAGGGAGGCUAAGGAGAGAGACAGGGAGGCUAAGGAGAGAGACAGGGAGGCUAAGGAGAGAGACAGGGAGGCUAAGGAGAGAGACAGGGAGGCUAAGGAGAGAGACAGGGAGGCUAAGGAGAGAGACAGGGAGGCUAAGGAGAGAGACAGGGAGGCUAAGGAGAGAGACAGGGAGGCUAAGGAGAGAGACAGGGAGGCUAAGGAGAGAGACAGGGAGGCUAAGGAGAGAGACAGGGAGGCUAAGGAGAGAGACAGGGAGAACAUAGGGGCGUGUGGCCGGAUGAGCGAAUCAAAGAGAUAG